UUCAAUUCUUAAAGCAUACCCCACUUUUAAACAACCCCUCUUCUUCUUCCUCCCCUCCUCCUUGCUUCAAGCUCUGAACAAUUUACACAAAGUUCAGAGCUUUUUAAGGUACAAAGUUCAUACUGGUAUGCUGCUUCACUUACCCUUUUUGAUUUCUUGUUUUUUCAUCCAUUUCCUUACAUAUUUCAAUUGUUUCAGUACCACAAAGUGGAAUCGUGAAAGGGGGGAAUGUGUGUGUUUUUUUUUUUUGACUAAAAGGGUGUUUAAAGAUACAAUCUUUUGUGUGUUUUCUUGAUUCUGCUGAGAAAAAAAGAUGAGGGAUUUCCCAUCUUGUUUUGGUGAAAAUGGGGUUCAAGUUGCUGAUGCCUCUUGUUCAAAUGUUGGUGUGACUAAAAACCCACAGAAUUUAGUAACCUGUGUUUAUCAGUGUAAAUUACUGGGGAAAUCUUGUCUGAUUACAGUUAUUUGGACUAAAAGUUUGAUGGGUCAGUGCCUUAGUGUUGAAAUUGAUGAUAUGUCUCAUCAAUGUCUUUGUAAAGUUGAUGUAAAGCCUUCUCUUUUCUCUAAAAGAAAAGGGUCUAGGUCUUUAGAAGUUAAUGCUUGUAAAAUUGACAUCCAUUGGGACUUUUCUUUGGCAAAAUUUGGAUCUGGGCCAGAGCCUGUUGAAGGUUACUAUUUAGGAGUAGUGUGCAAAGGCCAGAUGGUUUUGGCUGUUGGGGAUCUGAGGAAGGAGGCAUUUAAGAAGAGUAAUGCAACUCCCUCUCUUUCAAAUGCAAUGUUUAUUUCCAAGAGGGAACACAUAUUUGGAAAGAGGGUAUUUAGUACUAAGGCUCAAUUUUGUUAUACUGGUCCAAUUCAUGACAUUACAAUUGAGUGUGACUCUAAUGUGGUUGAUGAUCCUUGCCUUUUGGUACGUAUCGAUUCCAAAACUGUAAUGCAAGUGAAGCAUUUGCGCUGGAAGUUUCGCGGUAAUUACACUGUUUUAAUUGAUGGACUCCCUGUUGAAGUGUUUUGGGAUGUUCAUAAUUGGUUGUUCAGUAGCAAUUUUGGGAAUGCAGUGUUCAUGUUCCAAACCUGUUUAUCAGCUGAGAAGUUGUGGACUACACAAACCUUAUCUGAUCUCUCUGUGAUGCCUUGGCCUUAUACUGAGAGUAGUUUGAGCAAUUCAAAAUCACCUGGUUUGGGUUUUUCUUUGGUUUUGUAUGUUUGGAAGAAUGAGUAGUUGAGUGUUCUUCCAGUAUUUCCCAAAAAAGAUUGAUUUUUUAAGAUCUUGUUUGUGAACUUGAUUUGAGUUAUUUCUAAUGAAUAUACUUUUUUCUUGUUAC